AUGACCAGCAACAUCGAGAUCUCUAAAUUGCUCGGACAAAAAUCACCCUACAAGCGCAAACCGCGUACGAGGAAGUCCGAUUUUAUGAAUAACAGAUUAAUCGUUCCUGGUAUUCCUGUUGAAUUUCCGAGGCCCAAAUACAAAACCCGGCUACCAAAAUUUGAGAUCCCACUAAAAUUGAAAAGAAUUUUUGUAAAGUCCGAAUCAGAUGCUCUUUCGACAAGCGAACUCAAGGAUCUUCAGUUAGAUAAUAGCAGCAAUUAUGAGAAAUUCUUUAAUACUCUUCUCUUCGCGGAAGAGUACCAGUUGACAAAUGACAUUAUGUUGUAUGAUCAGGAAGGCGUGGAAAUGAAGAAAAAGGGUAAAAGGAGUCCUUAUUUUACAUUGCAAGUGCCUGGACUUGCAGAAAAACGACCUUCGGUGAUUGUUGGAGAUCAUGUUUUUGUUGUGAGAUGCGGGGAAGAUGAAAAAGGGAAGGCAUACCAAGGGUUUGUUCAUCAUGUCGAAGAAACGAGUAUCUCAGUAAAAUUCAAGAAAGAAUUUUCUCGCGUGUACUCUUCAAAUACAAAGUUUGACGUCCGGUUCACCUUUAAUCGAUUACCAAUGAGGAGGAUGCAUAAUGCUAUUAAAUGUGCGGAUACUAUUAAACGUUUAUUUCCCUCAAAUGAAGUAAGAACACCCAAGGAUAUGGAUGAAAUCAUGCAGAGAAAUAGCUUUAAAGCUAUCGACAAAUCUAUUGAGAAUAACAAACACCAAAUGCGUGCGGUAAUUCUCAUCAAACAAGAACUUUAUCAUCCCGCUCCAUUUAUCGUCUUUGGUCCGCCUGGGACAGGCAAGUCCGUUACUAUUGUGGAAGCAAUGAAACAGCUCCUGGAUGAAAAAGAAAAUGUGAGGAUUCUUGCCUGCGCGCCCUCAAACUCUGCGGCCGACGUACUAUUGAUGAAAUUGAGCAUAACUUUGUCACCGGAUAAGGUGGCUAGGAUCAAUGCCGCUUAUCGGGAUAUUAAAAAAGUAUACUCUGAUAAUCUUCGCGAAUAUUGUAAAGGUCUCGACUUGAAAAGCUUUGAGAAUCACAAAAUUAUUGUGUCUACGUGUAUUACCGCAGGUGCAAUACAUGCGCUCGGUGGAAGGAAAAAUUAUACCCACAUCUUCAUCGACGAGGCAGGACAGGCCAUGGAACCUGAAAUUUUGACUGCGCUUCAAAAUGCAUCAAAGGAUACCAAGAUUAUCCUAGCAGGCGACCCAAGGCAAUUGGGACCAAUUGUUCAUUCUUCAAUUGCGAAAAGGUUGGGUCUUGGAAAAUCUCUUAUUGAACGUCUUGUAAAUAGGGAGAAUAGUCCCUAUGACUUUAGCGAGACUUGCACUUACGGUGUGAAACUCCGUAUGAACUAUCGUUCUCAUCCGGAAAUCCUCAGGGUUCCGAAUGAAUUGUUCUACCAAAACGAGCUGGAAGCGUGCGGCGACGAAAGUAUCAUCCAAAGCUUACUUAAUUCCAAUGCCCUCCACAAAAAGAACUAUCCGAUCAAAUUUGUAAGUGUAUACGGACGAGAUAUGCAAGAGGGUCGCUCUCCAUCUUGGUUUAAUAUCGAUGAGGCUGCAGAAAUUCUUAAAAUAGUACGAGAACUCGUAGAAAAAGAUCAUGUCAGAAUAGAAGAUAUUGGCAUAAUUACUCCCUAUUGUAAACAAGUUGAAAAGAUCAAAAUAUUGAUGGAAGAACAUAAUUUUGAUGGAUUAGAUGUUGGUACCGUGGAAAAUUUCCAGGGACGUGAACGACCUGUGAUCCUCAUUUCUACUGUUCGUUCGACCUCCAAAAAUUUGAAGCAUGAUAGAAAGUUCUGUCUUGGAUUUCUCAACGAACCAAAACGAUUCUGUGUUGCCGUUACCCGGGCACGGGCCUUUAUGGCAGUUGUAGGAAAUCCAAACUUACUAUUUUUGGAUGAUCAUUGGAAGAGAUGGUUGAAAGAAGUGAAUAUAAAGGGUGGUUAUAUUGGAACGUUCCCAAAGGAGACCGAUGACGGUGAAGAACAACUUUAA